AUGGCCCGUCUGUGUCCUUCUUCGUUCCCUUCCUUUUCGUCUUCCCUCCGCUCCUACUACCCUCCCUCUCUUUCCUCCAAGAAGGAUCUGGUACGUCCUUCUUGUCCCGCCCUUCCUCCUUCUCCUCGCCCAUCCGCCGUCGGACUUCGACACCACACUCCUUUGCCUGCCUAUCGAGGCGUCCGUUCUUUGCGCGAGAUGCAGACCGCCCCGCUGCAACCCGCUGUGUCCAAGGUAAGGACUUCCAUUCGUUCCCUUGUUUCUGAGAAGCCUUCUGUUGUAUCCUCCCAGGGUACGUCCGCUCCUUCCUCUGUGCGCCCUCGGGCCACGUCCACUCCUUCUGAGCCAGUUGAUGCUCGGACUCGCCUUCGGGAGAGACGAGAUGCCUUCGCGGCACGUGUUCAGCUCGCUCGUGACAGAAUGGCGGCCGUGAGCCAGCGGGCCACAUCCAUUCCUUCUCGUGUGUCUCCAUCAAGCACGUCCACUCCUUCUUCAGUGCGCCCUCGGGCCCCAUCCACUUCUUCAGUGCGCUCUCGGGCGACGUCUGCCGAGGAAAAGGCUCAGCGGGCUCAAGCUCUCUUGGAGGCUACCCUUAACAUUCCUUCAUCGGUGCCUUCUUCCCCUGUGCGCCCUCGGGCCACGUCCACUCCUUCUGGGCCAGGUGAUGCUCGUACUCAUCUUCGGACGAGACGGGAUACCGCCGAAGCCAGGGCUCAGCGGGCCGAGGCUCUCUUGGAGGUCACCCUUGCAUCAAGCGCAGCUCCGUCUGCGGUUCGUAAGGGUAAAUCCAAGAAGAGUGUCAGCUUCAAUGAGACCACCACAGUCUUUACUGUCAGCCGGUGGAUCCUCCCAUGGAGAGAUCAGUUCCGUAGGUAUUGA